AUGGUGAACCUGGCUGCCAUGGUGUGGUGCUGCCUCCUGGAGAAGAGGUCCAUGCUGGUCCUGGUCUUCAGGCUCUGGCUGGUCUACAUCCUCAGCAGCACCUUGAAGCAGGAGGAGAGGACACAACUCUUCCUGGAGCACUUCCUCAACAGGGCAGUUGUGGCAUUCCUGAACCUCUUCAUGGCUGUGGAAGAUCACUUCCAAUUGUGCUUGGCUAAGUGCAGGACCUCUUCCCAGAGUAUGCAGCAUGAGAACCCCUACCAGGACCCCAUAGCCAAGUUCUGCUAG